AUGGGGAUGGACUCUCUUUGGCCUCACCAUCAACACCCUCCUCCUCCUCUUCCUCCUUCCUCAGAAGUGCCAGAUGCCUUCUCCUACUACUGCUAUUACCCUCCGUUCGCCGCGGCCGCGGCCGCAAAGGCGGACAACCCGUCGCCUCCGGCAGUUCCAAGGUCAAGGGCGUCAAGAUCGAGGGCGGUGGCGAGGAAAGACAGGCAUAGCAAGAUAUGCACGGCGGGAGGGAUGAGGGACCGGCGGAUGCGGCUGUCCCUGGACGUGGCCCGCCGCUUCUUCGCCCUCCAGGACAAGCUGGGCUUCGACAAGGCCAGCAAGACGGUGCAGUGGCUCCUCGACAGGUCCACCGCCGCCAUCAACCACCUCGCCGCCUCCAUGUCCGCCUCCAUGUCCUUGUCGGAGGAGGACGGGGACGGCUCUGUGCUCCUGGACCUGGACAACAACGACCACGCCAAGGCCAUGGCGGCCGAUGCUGAAACAAACAAGCAGCAGGAGCAGGAGCAUCAGACAGCCAAGGCAAAAAGAAGAUCAGCUCCUGCUGUUCCAAGUCCAAGGAAGAAGAGCAACAAUGGCGGCGCCCCUGUUCUCCUCCCAGACAAGGCGUCCAGGGCAAGGGCCAGGGAGAGGGCCAGAGAGAGGACCAAGGAGAGGAACCGCCUCCGGUCGGAGGCUCCGGAACCGGCACCGGCGCCGGCGAGGCAGCCAGUGGUUCCGGCAGCAGCCUGCAGCAACAACUACUACGAGGAGGGGGAGCAAGAGCCAUGGGAGCUGGGAGGAGUUGUCUUUGCCAAACCACGCAUCAAGUACUGAUCAUCCAGUCGAAUAAAGGCCAUCCAAAUCGGUACUUGCUGAGGCUCCUCUAUCUUCGAUCGUACGGAGUACGUGUGUUUCCAUUAACUGAUUGCUUUUAUAUCUCGAUCUUGCCUUUUUUUUCUUCUAUCCAACAACUUCAUCCAUCCAUCAGUGAUGAAUAAUGGAUUAAUCAGAUAUCGCAUGCCAUGUUCCUCUUUUGCUUGCUUUGUACAUCGUCUUGCGCUGUUUAUUAGUAAUUUCUGAACUGUUUAUUAGUAAUUAAUUUCUGAACGA